ACCUGUGGAACUGACCCGUGGUGCCUCUGCGGACAUGGUGGAGGACGCGGUCGGCCUCGGCGCUGUGACAGUGCUGGGUGUCCUGGAACAAGCUUAUUUUUCCCUCCAGGUAAUUUAUGCCAGGAGGAAGUAUUCGGUUUCUCCCCCGACCACCAGCGGACCGCCGGAGUUUGAGAGGAUCUUCAGAGCUCAGGCAAACUGUUCAGAGUACUUCCCCAUCUUCAUCACUGCUCUGUGGACAUCCGGAGUCUUCUUCAGCCAAGGUUUGUCCUCGGUUUGCGGUUUGCUGUACCUGUACAUGCGCCUGCGUUACUUCUGGGGAUAUGCUGAAUCUGCAAACGGACGUCUGGCUCCGCUCUACGUCAGCGCGCAGGUUCUCUGGAUCCUGAUCGGGUUCUCCUCUGUCGGCAUUUUCCACACAUUCUGCAGAGUUUACCUGAAUGUGGACCUACUGCAGGAGCUCGGUUUUGCCCUCGGCCUGCUCUGACCAGGAGGAGGAAAAACGAUGAAGAGGAGGAGUGAUGCUGUGAGAAAACAUCUGCGUUGUGUCACAGAGUGAAAACAUGUUGGAUUAUUAAUAAUUAAACUGAUCAGUCUGUU